AUGUCAUCUAAUAGGCCUGAUUUAAAGUUCACUGAUAUUUCGGAAGAGAGAGGAUUUUACAGAAGAUUCUUAAAUCUUUCCGAGAAGCCUGCAUCCACUAUAAGGAUCGUGGAUAAGGGAGAAUAUUAUAUAGUUGUUGGAAAUGACGCCUUAUUUGUUGCGGACAGCAUAUACCACACUCAGUCUGUAUUGAAGGAUUGCAAGUUGGACCCCUCCGUGUCAAAACAAUUCAAAGAGCCAUGCAAAUAUGUAACUGUGUCUGCACAAAUGAUCAGUAAUUUGCUGAAGAUUUGCCUACUGGAAAUGAAUUACAAGGUCGAAGUAUAUGAUAAAUCGUGGAAACUGGUCAAAAGUGCUUCACCCGGAAAUAUUGAACAAAUUAUUGACUUGAUGAAUGUGUCUAUUGACUCCUCCAUUGUGAUUGCCAGUUUAAAACUGAAGUUCAACUCACAGGAAGGAUUCUGCGUCCUUGGUGUCGCAUUCAUAGACACAAGCAACUAUAAGAUCGGUAUGCUAAACAUUAUUGACAACGAAGUUUACUCGAAUUUAGAGAGUUUAUUGAUUCAGCUUGGAGUCAGAGAGUGCUUGAUUCCUGAUUUAACUCAAAGUGAAAAUGCCAGUGGAGAACUGAAGAAAAUUUCAGGUAUUAUUGAUAGAUGUGGCUCUGUGGCAACCUUAGUGAAGAACUCAGAAUUUUCUGACAAAGAUGUUGAUCUUGAUUUGACCAGACUAAUCGGUGACAAAUUAUCCCUAUCUUUGCCAAAAUUUUCUACACUGUCUCUUGGUGCUUGUGGCGCACUUUUGGGCUAUCUACAGUUACUGAGUGAAGAAGAUCAACUUGGUAAAUAUGAGAUUACUGAGCAUUCCCUAAAAGAGUUUGUCAAAUUGGAUGCAUCAGCUAUAAAAGCGCUAAAUUUAUUCCCACAAAACUCUUCCCAGAAUUUAUCAGCUACUACAGAUACAUUUUUUGGUACUGGAGGCGGUAGUAAUGGUAAAAUAUCAUCUUUAUUUCAGCUAUUGAACAAUUGCAAGACAAAUGCAGGCGUUCGAUUACUCAAUGAAUGGCUAAAGCAACCUUUGACAGAUUUAAAUGAGAUCGAUAAAAGGCAUACAUUAGUUGAACAUUUGAUUGAGCAACUUGAACUGAGACAAAUUCUGCAAACUGAACAAUUACCUCUUGUACCAGAUAUUCGCCGUGUUACCAAGAAAUUAAAUAGAAAUGGUAAUCUAGAAGAUGUGCUAAAAAUCUACCAAGUUUGCAAAAGGGUUCCAGAGAUUGUUCAAGUCCUGAGCUCCUUUUUGGAUGACGAAAAUAUCAACGAUGAGGUCAGAAACUUAGUUAAUUCUGUUUGGCUUGAGUCGUUACUUGGUCACAUGGAUCCUUUGAGCAAAUUACAGGAAAUGGUUGAAACGACUGUUGAUUUGGAAGCAUAUGAGACAAGCAAUCAAUAUAUGAUUAAGGUUGAGUUCAACGAGGAGCUAGCAAGGAUUAGAGAUCAGCUGAAUCAAGUAAUGAACCAGAUAAAUACCAUUCACCUGAAUGCCGCCGAAGAUCUUGGAUUUGAUCCCGAUAAAAAACUAAAAUUGGAAAAUCAUCAUAUCCAUGGAUGGUGUAUGAGGCUAACGCGUAAUGAUGCCAAGGAGUUACGUAAACAUAAAAACUAUCUGGAGUUAUCCACUGUAAAGGCUGGUAUUUUCUUCAGUACAAAAGAAAUGAAAGAGAUUGCAAAUGAGACAGCCAAUUUACAAAAAGCGUAUGAGAAGCAGCAAAUGUCAUUGGUAAAGGAAAUUGUAAAUAUCACAUUGACCUAUAGCCCAGUUUUGGAAAAGAUCUCUCUCAUUCUGGCACAUUUGGAUGUUUUAUGUUCAUUUGCACAUGCUGCUUCAUAUGCUCCAAUACCUUACAUAAGGCCUAAAAUGCAUGGAUUUGGUGUUGAAAGGAAAACACGCUUAAUUGGAUCUCGUCAUCCUGUUUUAGAAAUGCAGGAUGAGAUGACAUUUAUCGCAAACGAUGUCGAGUUAGAUGACAACGGUAAUUUUAUAAUAAUCACCGGACCAAAUAUGGGCGGUAAAUCCACAUAUAUCAGACAAGUUGGAGUAAUAUCCUUAAUGGCACAAAUUGGUUGUUUCGUACCAUGUGAAGAGGCGGAAAUUGCCGUUGUCGAUGCAAUCUUAUGCAGAGUAGGUGCUGGUGAUUCCCAGUUGAAAGGUGUAUCGACAUUUAUGGUUGAAAUGCUGGAAACCGCAUCCAUUUUGAAAAAUGCUACCAAGAAUUCCUUGAUUAUAGUUGACGAGUUGGGGCGUGGUACAAGCACGUACGACGGUUUUGGUCUAGCUUGGGCGAUUGCAGAACACAUUGUAAGCGAAAUCAAGUGUUUCGUUCUCUUCGCAACUCAUUUCCAUGAACUGACUUCCUUGGCCACCAAGCACCAUUCUGUCAAAAACAUGCAUGUUGUUGCUCACAUAGAGCAGCAAGAUAACAAACUCGAUACCGAGGAGGAUAUUACACUAUUAUACAAGGUUGAGCCUGGGAUCUCAGAUCAGUCAUUCGGUAUUCAUGUUGCAGAAGUUGUUAAAUUCCCACAAAAAAUUGUCAAGAUGGCGAAACGUAAGGCCAAUGAGCUGGAAGAGCUCAAGCAAUACAACAAAGACGACAAGAAACCCAAGCUUACUACUUCGGAGAUCAAUGAGGGCAGUGAACGCCUGAAGGCUCUGUUGAAGCAGUGGGUUUCUACUCUCGAAGAGGAAGGCUUGACCGAUCCCACAAAGCUGUCGGAAGAGAAAAGCCAACAGAAAAUACAGGACCUCUUACGCAAGCUAGCCCAAGAGUCAACGGCCACGAACGAUAAGUACCUGAACUACGUAAAAGAGACCCUUUUGUGA